GUGCAAAUAGCGGGGCAGCCAAACCGCCUUUUCUAUAAAACAAAACCGCUCACUUGCAAUGUCUAUCGAACACAAGUCAAAGAAAGACGAAGACCAAAAGGAUUUCAAGCUGCAACUUCCCAUGCAAUUUUUUUCUCUCUGACUCUGCCUUUGCAUCUUGGCCGGCUUCGGAUCAAUCCUCUUCCAUGCUAUGAGCUUGAGAAAAGAGUAACACUUUUUAAGGCUUUUUGUGAAAACACCGCUUGCAAGAUCAUCUGCCCACCUAAAAGUUUCAUGUUACUUUGCUUUGGGUGAUCGGAAAAGUAAACCUGAGAUCUUCCUUCAGGAAAAAGGACAAUGAGCUGCUUUGGCUGUUGUGGAGAUAAUGAUAUCCAUAGAGCUGCUGACUCUGGACUGUUCAUGGCAAAUAAUUCAGCAGGCUAUGGUGGGGGUUAUUCUGCCGAAGAUGCCGCACCAAAAGAUACAGAGACUGAAACUAUCCAACCCAUUGCUGUCCCUGCCAUUCCAAUUGAUGAAUUGAAGGAUAUUACAGAUAAUUUUGGUACAAAGGCUUUAAUUGGUGAGGGCUCAUAUGGAAGAGUAUAUCACGGUGUCCUGUCAAGUGGGCAAGCUGCAGCCAUAAAAAAGUUAGACUCGAGUAAACAACCUGACCUAGAAUUUACUGCACAGGUCUCCAUGGUAUCAAGAUUAAAACAUGAAUAUGUUGUGGAGCUUCUUGGUUACUGUGUCGAUGGCUCUCUCCGUGUUCUUGUAUUUGAGUUUGCUCCUAAUGGGUCUCUUCAUGAUAUACUCCAUGGACGAAAAAGUGUUAGAGGAGCACAACCUGGCACAGUUCUGUCAUGGGCACAGAGAGUUAAAAUUGCUGUUGGGGCGGCAAGAGGACUCGAAUAUCUACAUGAAAAGGCAAAACCUCGUAUCAUCCAUCGUGAUAUCAAGUCCAGCAAUAUAUUGCUUUUUGAUGAUGAUGUUGCGAAGAUCUCUGAUUUUGAUUUGUCAAAUCAAGCCCCUGAUAUGGCAGCACGUCUUCAUUCCACUCGCGUACUUGGUACCUUUGGUUAUCAUGCUCCAGAAUAUGCAAUGACUGGACAGCUGAGUUCAAAGAGUGAUGUAUACAGCUUCGGUGUUGUCCUUCUGGAACUCUUGACCGGUCGUAAACCUGUUGAUCAUACGCUGCCACGUGGACAGCAGAGCCUUGUGACAUGGGCAACACCAAAACUCAGUGAAGAUAAGGUAAAGCAAUGUGUUGAUUCUAGACUCAAUGGAGAAUACCCUCCCAAGGCAAUUGCAAAGAUGGCUGCUGUUGCCGCCUUGUGUGUGCAAUAUGAAGCUGAGUUUCGCCCAAAUAUGAGCAUUGUCGUUACAGCUCUACAGCCUCUAUUGAAUACUCGGCCCGGCGCCCCACGUGGAACGCGGCACUAGUGAAUUCCUUCUGAUACCUCAAUCUUCCUUGCACGGCAUAUUGUUCAAAUUUGUCUUGUAAACAGUGUGUUGUAUAUCACAUAACGUUAUGUGGAGCCUCUUAGUCAUUAAAGCUUACCAGAUUUUUGUUUUUGAUUUUCAUAAUCAUUCUACUGAUUUGAUUAUUUUAGUGUCGAGAGAGUUGUCUUGAUA